CACAUUCCCUUCCUUUCUUCUUCUUCCCACGCUUCCUCCAAAUCCUCCCUCCCUCCAUUUUAUCGCUCCCACGUUUUACGUGAGAGAUGGGAUAUGCCUUCACUGGUCAAUCAAACCAACAUCGUUUUCUUCUUCUUGAUCCCGUUUGAAUCCCUUUGAUUCGAUUUCUUUGUGAUUUCCAGAGGCUAGAUUCUGCCCCUUCUCUGGAUUGUCGCUUAAUUUGCGUUUUCUCUGGUGCGUCUUCUCAUCGCACCCCUGGCCCCCUUGUUGCUUUCAUCUUUGCUCUUCUUCCGAUUUUGGAGUAACGCGGGGACGCAUUAUCACUUAUCCAUCCUUGGAUGUAUAGCAUUCCAGAUGAUGGAAAACCCAAUUUUUCCGAACAACGAAUCACAGUACUUGUCUGGGUUUACGGACGUUUCUAUUUAGUUUUCCUUGUGAUUGCUGUUCGAGUCUUAAUAUGGUUGAACUUAGGCAACUAAUUUCGAAGUUUUUGAAUUAUGUCUAACUCCAUCAAUCUACUUCUUACUAAUAUAUAAUAAAGUGGAGGACUGAAUUUUGAAAUUUGCUGAUUUUUCUUAUAAAUAAUUUAUUUGUACUGACUACUAAACCAGCCAAACAGAACUGGUAAAUAAACAUUUUUUUUCGCAAUAAUUCGGCAGGAGAUCGCAUCUGGUUUGAUAAUGGUGGUUGCCUUUUGACAUGGAAUGAUGUGUCUGAGUCUGCUUAGUAAGAAUGACUUAUUUCACUGGAGGGGGUUAGGUCAUUCUCGGCUGCGCGGGGGUUGGUCUGCUUGGUUUUCCUGGUACAGACGGUAAAUGAAAUUACCAAUUCUUGUGCAUCAAUGUGCUUAAAACAAGGUGUUGAUAGAAGAGAGUGAGUAAAGAAGGAAAGUUCAGCUCAAAACUUUUGAAGUACUGUGUUCUUAAUAUAGAAAUGGGGUUACCACAUAUGCCUUCAGGCUGUGUUGCCGAAGAGGUGGCUGCAUCACUAGGCACUCUUGUGCAAACUCCGCCAAGAAUUGCCAACUUGAGCAGCUAUGAUUUCAAUGCCUUACCUGGAGAAGACCUAAGUAAUUGCCUGCAACUUGACAUGCUCACCACUGAGAGGAAAAAAGUUGCAGAGCUUUCAAAGGAAUCACAAUUCUUAAAUAUGCGUAAUGAUGGUAGCUCCAACCUGCAAAAAUUAAAGCUCAACCCCAUGGAACGAAUUGGCAGGUUGUCUGCCAAGGCUGGGCGUCAUACUAUGCAUGUACCUGCUUCAAGGACUGUAGGUUUUCAAUUAAGGGCAUUAUCUUCCCCUGCUAAUAAUGAUGGGGGUGGAAAUGGCUAUUCCUCGACCAUUUUUAAUGUCAAAAGAGACGCAAGUGAGGCUACCGGUUCACAUGUCAAAAAGCGAUUAUUGUCGCCCUUGAAUGGGAUGCUUCUUGCUGAUCAUUUUAAAGGUGAUCCUCUGGACAUUGACAUUAGCACAUAUAGGAGUUGUUCAAAGGGUGGUGAUGAUGGUUAUAAGGAUCCUGUUCUGCAAGAGUAUAAGAAGGUUCAUUUUGCAGACUCUGGCUAUCUUCACUCCCCUAUUUCGUCUGAAUUUUGCUUUCUGGGCGCAACAAAUUUAUCCUAUACUGACUCUAGAGAAAACCAUGUCCUACCCAAUCGUGACCUUUCACUUUGCAAAGACGGGAAGCGAAACAGCAGCAUAAGUUCCCAAACAGCAGCAUUGUCUAUACCUCACAAAAAAGUGUCGACGCCACCAUCCUUCCCUUUAUCUCCUCUAGGUCCAAAAUUUUCUGAAAGAACGAAAUUGAGCGGAGAACGUGGGGAUGUUACAUUUAUGUUGGAUGAUGACAAUGUCAAUUUAAAAGACAUGGAACUUUCACUUGAUAGAACUGUUGCAGGUUUUUUAUCUGCUCAGAAGGUGGACAACUUUAGCACGCCAAGUAAUUUACUGCAAGACUCUAACAAUCUGCACCAUACAUUCAACAUGUUUACUUUUGAAGAUAACAGUGGCAUAGAAGAAUGUUCGCAUGGUGCAAGUUUUCCUCCUCGGCAUGGCAAGUUUAGAACUUUAAGUGGAGUCCCAGUAAGAAGGUCCUUAGUUGGUUCAUUUGAGGAAUCCCUGUUGUCUGGUCGUUUACUCUCUGGGAAAGUUAGUCAGAGAAUUGAUGGCUUCCUUGCUGUGCUGAAUGUAACUGGGGGAAACUUCUCGCCACGAUCACAGAAAAUUCCAUUUGCAGUAACAAGUGUGGAUGGAGAUAAGUACCUGUUGUAUUAUUCAUCCAUUAACAUUUCAGGAAAGCUGAUAUCAAGCAAUUCUAGAGUAAGCAAAGUUCAGAGGACCAUUAAAAUGGAUGAAUCCCGAACUGAAAAGAGCCGCAUACGUAUACCCGUGAAAGGACGUAUUCAACUGGUCCUCAGCAAUCCAGAAAAGACUCCCAUUCACACCUUCUUUUGCAAUUAUGAUUUGUGCGACAUGCCAGCUGGUUCUAAGACAUUCCUGCGGCAAAAGAUUAGUUUGACGUCACCUGGCUCGAAUUCUCUGACGGCUAAAGAAUACCAAGGAGAUUCUGAGAUACAAGAGGAUGCUAAGUCCUCAAUGAUCUCAAAUACUACCAGUAGAGAUAAAGAUGGAUAUGGGAGCUGCAAACACACCAAGGAGUGUAACAAUGGAGUUCUGCUUUAUGCUCUUCACCUCCGCUUCUUGUGCCCUUUGCCUAGGAAACGUUCAAGGGCUGUUCAUAAGUGCAAAUCUGAUCCUGUGUCUGCAGAAGCGAAAAAUAUUGCAGACAUUGAAGAUGAAAGGCGUUUCUACUUGUAUGACGAUAUGAGGGUAGUGUUUCCUCAACGUCAUUCAGAUGCAGAUGAGGGCAAGUUACAUGUGGAAUAUCAUUUUCCUUCUAAUCCAAAGUACUUUGACGUCGGCAGCUGAAAUUACGCUGUUUCCCUCCCAAAGUGGUUAUUGUAUAUACAAAUGUAGAUAUUGUACAUAUCCAAUUCAUUUCAUCUCGACGGCUUGGGGCUAUUCUCCCCACAACUUGUAAAUCAUGUUAGUUUCUGUCCAUACUCGAUUCAAAAUUUUAGCA